GUAAUCUGAUUACAAGAAUAUAAAAUGUAAUUUCACUUUUAAUACCCAAAAUUAUUUGAUUACAGUAACUACUUUGUAAUCAGAUUACACCCAAUACUGUUCAUUGCACAAAAGAUGUUGUCUCCAUCUUUCUUGUGUGUUGUACCAACAGAAGCGUUUUACACAGUAAUGAUAAUUUUUCCUGCACAUAUUUACACUUUCAUAAACAAAAACAUUAAGACAAUAAAAGACUUUAAUUAGAAGUAGUAUAGGUUAACAUUUUACAGGACUUUUAAAUUUGCCCUUCUAAAAGCCUAGCAAAAGAUGCAUGGAAAUAACUGAUGAAACGGUAGAUAACAGGUCCUAUGAAUCCUUUCAAAACAUUCCAAUUUCCACGUCCAGCUCUCCGCUCAGGUGAACAGCAGCAUGUCUGUUUCGCCGGUCCCUCCUCCUCCUCCGUCAUGCUGCUUUGCUCCCAUCCCCCUCCCAUUGGCUGCCAGCCGUCUAAACAGCUCCAGCUGCAAUCACCACCGCUGCUGCUUCUAUAAGCUGCCUGCUUUUUGAUCACCCCCAUCCCGCACAGCCUCUGCCUCCGCCGGUCUGCAAGCUCACGGACCCCCUGCCAACACAUCCAUCAUGACGGGCGUCGCGGCUGCCUCCUUCUUCUCCAACGUCUGCCGGUUUGGCGGAUGCGGGUUGCACUUCGAGUCCCUGGGCGAGCUCAUCGUGCACAUCGAGGAUAACCACAUCGAUACAGAUCCCAGGGUUCUGGAGAGGCAGGAACUACAGCAGCCCACAUACGUUGCUCUGAGCUACAUUAAUAGAUUCAUGACUGAAGCAGCACGCAGAGAGCAAGAAACUCAGAAGAAGAAGGUCCAACCCAAAAUUGCUAUAUCAGUCAUUGGAGGUGUAUCACGUAACAAUACGGCCACGCCUCCUCGCCAUAGCAAUGGCAGCCUAACCCCACCUGUUACUCCACCCAUCACUCCAUCAUCCUCCUUUCGCAGCAGUACACCAACAGGCAGUGAGUGUGAUGAGGAGGAAGUGGAGUAUGAGGACUCUGACAGCGAUGAGUCCUGGACUACAGAAAGUGCCAUCAGCUCAGAGUCCAUCCUCAGCUCCAUGUGCAUGAAUGGAGGCGAUGAGAAACCCUUUGCAUGUCCUGUUCCAGGCUGCAAGAAGAGAUAUAAGAAUGUGAAUGGUAUAAAGUACCAUGCUAAAAAUGGGCACAGGACGCAGAUCCGUGUGAGGAAGCCCUUCAAGUGUCGCUGUGGGAAAAGCUAUAAAACCUCUCAAGGCCUUAGACAUCACACCAUCAACUUCCACCCACCUCUGUGAUAUAUAUACACGUGCACACACACCCCGUCAUUUUCACGUUUACCUAAACAUUCUUUCAUUUCUGGAUCACAUAAACUGGGAUCAAAUGCUGAUUUUUCCAUGAUGCUUUUUUUUUUUUUGUGUGUGUGGUUAUAUAUGCAUGUAGAUAUACUUGUACAUUUGCACAUUCCAUGUAUAUCAUUUCUUUUUCUUUUUUAAGAUGUCCUAUAUAUUUCUUUCAUGUUUUUUGUUUUUUUUUAUCUUCGUGACAAGAUGACUGAAAAGGCAUUGAGAAUGAAAGUACUCUGUUGAAGAUUAGGAUAUGACAAAAACAUUCAUUUCUGAUUUUUAAAUAAGUUAAGUAAAACGUUUUUACAAUCAGAAAAGAAGAGCAGAGAGGUUCUAGAUCAUUUUUUCCCCCGCCUGUUAAACAUACUUAGAUAUGUUGAAAGACGUGUACAUAGAAAAUUAUAUAAAGACACAUUUAUAUAUGGAUAUUAGUAGCUGAGUUGUAUUAUCCAAACAUUUUAUUUUCCAUCAUAUAUUUUUCAGAACUUUAUAUUGUUUUAUAGAAAGUUAAAGUUUAUCAUUUUUAUGGACUUUUUUUUUUUUUUUUUUUAAAGUAACAUUUCAUAUUUUUAUUUGCUUUGUAGAGAAGCAGUAUUUUAUUGUCUGAAUUGGAAGGAUAUUGAUCUCAGGUCACAAUACAGCUGCCAACUUUCAAACAAACAAACCAGGAAACAGGAAAACAUUGAAAUUCCACUCCGUUCCAGAACAUUCCACACAGAAUAUCAAAGUGGCUGACAUUUCCGUUUUUGUUUGCAUGCGGCUGGCAUGCAUGCAGCACCCUCUGUGUAAAAUUAAAUCGUCUGCAUGUGGCCUUUUCUACUGCCUGGAGAUUGCAUUUAAGCAGUUUCAUUACGUAGAAAUGGUUUAUCAUGUAUCUAGUUGCAUUUGAUUUCCAAGCAAUGUUUUACAGAAUGAUCCCUGAAUGAAAAUACACUUUUGUCGAAGUUAAACCUCGGCCUGAAGAGAGACAAAGAGGGGCAGAUUUACUCUGCCCUGUCACCCGGCUGUUAUGCCAGCAGUGCAGAAGUGCCAAGUAAUUCUUUCCCACUGUUGAAAAAGAAACAUGGAUGAUCUGCCAAACACUUCGGGUCACAUCUGGCUAUCCGUUUGGUGCCUGUUAGCGGAGCAGCCUUAAAAAGGACCUAAACUUCUGUUUGUGUACUCAGCCUUGCAGUAUUGUUUGUCUGUUUUAGCUCGUAAGGUUCUGUCAGCCUUAUUUCAGUCAUUGCCGUUGAUGAUUUUUUUUUUGUACACAAAUUGUCCUUGAUUUUAAUGUCUUGUUGUAUUUGUAAACAAGUAUGUUGCCGUCUGCUUGCCUUGUAUUGUAGGCUAUGGCUUGCUAGCAUGAAACGAUCGCUUAGCUGCUCUGCUGUCUCUUGGCUUGUAGUCAUACUGUUACAGUCUUUGUUGUCAAAAGUAUUAGAUCAUUACUUUAUAUUGUUAUUACUGUUAGUAUUACAGUUUGAUAGUGCCAGAUGCAUAGCUAUGCCUGAAUACAGUUUUUCCAACUUUAAUUCUUGAACAAUUUCGUAUCGGCCCUGUUGUCAGCCAAAUAAGUAUACCAUGGUUUACAAAAGUGAAAGGUUAUAGGCUGUGUCAGCCAGACUAGCAACUGCUAAGAGCCUAACCUCUUUUGGUGCAAAGAAAGGACCAAGUAAGCUCUCCUAUCCACUAAUCUGUUUUUCUCGGUUCACUCUGGUCAAAUUAAAAAACAUAGACCAAAAAUGGCACUACCAAAUCUCUAGUUAGGAAGCUUGAAGUGAAAAGGUGCUGAAACUUACAAAAACGUACUGUGGUGGUACAAUGGCAUAGUGAUGGAAUCAGUUGGUAAUUCCAUGGUUCUUUGACAUUUACCAUGGAAUCGAAUGAUUACUGUACUUGUGUAUCAUGGUAUUUACAUGGUUCUCCAAGGUACUUUAAAGAAUGCCAGUAUUUGUAUUACCAUGGCACCUUGGCCAAAAACCCAUGGUAAAACCAUGGUACUAUUUGAAACUUUGUUAGUGGUGCUAUGACUGGACAUUCCAGAAUUUAAGUUGGUGGUGUUUAGUAAAUAUAGGAUACUUCCAUAUGGUUUCAUUCUUUGAAAAGUUUGAGAUUUGCCAUUUUAGAUGAUUCUUGGGUAUCAGGUUCUGCAGUUAAACGCUAAUAUCCAGAUUGGUCAUGUGAACUUCCAUCAUGGAAAAUGGGAAAACUGACAGCAGUUGGAAAGAAGAGGCUUAAAGUUGAAUUAAUUUAGAUGCCAAAUAACUCUUGAGCAGGAUAAGGGAGUAUGUUUGGAUGCCUGUCCAUGAGUGACUCAUUCUAGAUAAUUCACUGUCCUGUUACUUUCGAAUUCACUCGGCAUCAUGUUUGUUUGUGUGUGUAUUUUUGGAUGCUGUACUAGUACAUUUGUACUUCUCUUCAGCUACAGUGUCAUUUGGUCUCAGCUUUGAGACACAAACUAGAACCUGUUAAACAUGAUUUUAAUGGAUAGGACCCGUGUGAGUUCUCGCACUGACCAUGUAGAGUAAUGUGACUGAGAUUCAUUUAUUUUGGAGGGAGUUUGAUAUACUAUAUAGUGAAUGUAUCGUAUUGCAAGUCUUUUGUAAAGUGCUUUUGAAAUUAUAUUUUCGUACUGUAUGUUUUUGUGGAAAACGUUUUGUGGAACAGAGGCAAUUUGUAUGUAUGUACAAUGUGUGCGUGUUUGUGUGAGCGAAUGAGAGACUCUUUUGAGAUGUCUUUAUCUUUAAGCUGCAAUGUAAAACUUCGGACAAUGGUAGAAAAAUAAAAAAAAGCAAACAAAA